AUGAUUUCCCUCGUUGCUUUUGACCUUGAUGGCACUCUCGCUCUGAGCAAGCAGCCCCUACUCGACUCGAUGGGAGAGGCACUCGCCGACCUACUUGCCGUGGCACACGUUGCCGUUAUCUCUGGCGGUGACUGGCCGCAGUUCCAAAAACAGCUCUGGCUGAUGCCGACAACCGGAACGAAGUUAUACCAGUGCAAGGAUGGGGCCUGGAAAGCAGUAUACGCAGAGCUCUUUGACGAUAAAACCAAGCAGUUGAUCCUAACUGCCUUCGAUGCCGCCCUAGAAGCAACUGGUUUUAAACCUGAGCAAACUUGGGGAAACCGUAUCGAAGACCGUGGCAGCCAAAUUACUUUCUCAGCACUUGGUCAAGAAGCACCUAUCCACGCCAAGGAGGUUUGGGAUCCGGACUUUGCUAAGCGUAAAGUCAUUCAGGCGGAUUUGCGGAAGCGCCUACCCGACGUAUCUAUCAAUAUGGGUGGCGCAACUUCUAUUGAUAUCACGCAAAAGGGUGUCGAUAAGGCACAUGGGCUCAAAAGGCUCUGUGACGCGAGUGAUAUCCCUCUAGAGCAAAUGAUGUUUAUCGGAGAUGCUAUAUUUCCGGGGGGGAACGAUUAUCCAGCGAAGCAGCUUGGUUUAAAGACGGUUUGUGUCAAAGAUCCGAAUGGGACGCUUGCUGCGAUUACUGCGAUCAUUGCAUGCCUGUCCUGA